UAAACCUUCAACAUCAUCUCCAAUCAAUUCAAUUAUGGAGUAAGUAAAAUACUAGAACAGCUGAUUCCUUCCAUAUUCUCCCAAGAUUCAACUUCUUGAUCCCUUUAGGUAACAAAACAUGGAAGCAGAUUCAUCCGAUGAUCAAAUCACAUCCCCUCUAUUAUCAGUGACGCAGAGUGAUGAAGUGGAGGCGGAGAACUCACCGAUCAAGCAGGUGGCCCUGACGGUGUCGACCUCAGACGACCCGAGUCUGCCCGUGCUGACCUUCAGAAUGUGGUUUCUGGGGACGCUGUCGUGUGUGCUCCUCUCCUUCCUCAACCAGUUCUUCUGGUACCGGACGGAGCCCCUCUCGAUCACCGCCAUCUCCGCGCAGAUCGCGGUGGUGCCGCUGGGGCAGCUGAUGGCCGCCAAGAUCACGGACCGCGUCUUCUUUAAGGGGAGGCGGUGGGAGUUCACGCUCAACCCGGGGGCCUUCAAUGUGAAGGAGCAUGUGCUCAUCACCAUCUUCGCCAACUCCGGGGCUGGAACGGUCUACGCCAUCCAUAUCGUCACCGCAGUGAAGGUGUUCUAUCAGAAGCACAUCAGUUUCUCCAUUUCGCUCAUCGUUGUCAUCACCACCCAGGUGUUGGGGUUUGGAUGGGCUGGCAUAUACAGAAGAUAUCUGGUGGAACCAGCGGCUAUGUGGUGGCCGGCUAACUUGGUCCAAGUCUCUCUCUUCAGGGCACUGCACGAGAAAGACGAGCGUGAGAAAGGCGGAGUGAGCCGCACUCAGUUCUUCGUGAUCGCCUUCAUCUGCAGCUUCGCCUACUACAUUUUCCCCGGCUAUCUCUUCCAAAUGCUCACCUCCAUCUCCUGGAUCUGUUGGAUCUUCCCCCAAUCCGUCCUUGUUCAGCAGCUGGGCUCCGGCCUCCACGGCCUCGGCAUCGCCGCCGUGGGCCUCGACUGGUCCAGCAUCUCCUCCUACCUCGGCAGCCCCCUCGCCAGCCCCUGGUUCGCCACCGCCAACGUCGCUGCUGGCUUCUUCAUCAUCAUGUAUGUGGUGACACCGAUCAGCUAUUGGUGCAACAUCUACGACGCCAAGGUCUUCCCCAUCUUCUCCAAUGAUCUCUUCACCGACUCCGGCCAGAUCUACAACAUCUCCUCCAUCAUCGACUCCAACUUCCACUUCGACAACGACGCCUACCAGCGCCAGGGCCACCUCCACCUCAGCACUUUCUUCGUCAUGACUUACGGCGUUGGCUUCGCCGCUCUCAGCGCCACCAUCGUCCACGUCAUUCUCUUCCAUGGAAGGGAAAUAUGGGAGCAGAGCAAAUCGAGUUUCAGUGAGAAGGAAAAGGACAUACACACGAAGCUGAUGAGCAAAUACAGACAAGUACCAGAGUGGUGGUUUUGGUGCAUUCUCGUCGGAAACGUAACACUUACUAUCUUCGCUUGUGAGUACUACAACGAGCAGCUUCAGCUUCCAUGGUGGGGCGUCAUCCUUGCCUGCGUUAUCGCCAUCUUCUUCACUCUCCCCAUCGGCAUCAUCACCGCCAUUACAAACCAGACGCCAGGAUUGAACAUAAUCACGGAGUACAUAAUCGGAUACAUCUACCCGGGAUAUCCGGUGGCCAACAUGUGCUUCAAGGUAUACGGCUACAUCAGCAUGACGCAGGCCAUCACCUUCCUCCAAGACUUCAAGCUGGGGCACUACAUGAAGAUCCCUCCCAGAACAAUGUUCAUGGCGCAGGUGGUGGGGACGCUCAUCGCCGCCGUCGUCUACCUAACCACGGCGUGGUGGCUAAUGGAGUCCAUCCCUGGGAUCUGCGACCAAUCCGCGGACAGCGUGUGGACGUGCCCGGGUGACCACGUCUUCUACGACGCCUCCGUGGUGUGGGGCCUGAUCGGGCCGAGGAAGAUGUUCGGCGACCAAGGCCUGUACGGGGCGGUCAACUGGUUCUUCCUCGGGGGAGCAGUGGCGCCGGUGAUGGUGUGGGCGGCGAGCAAGGCGUUCCCGGGGCAGGAGUGGAUCAGGCUGGUGAACAUGCCUAUAUUGAUCGGGGCGUGCGGGCAGAUGCCGCCGGCGACGGCCGUGAACUACACGUCGUGGAUCAUACUGGGGUUUCUGUCCGGGUUUGUGGUGUUCCGGUACAGGCCGGUGAUGUGGCAGCGGUACAAUUAUGUGCUGUCGGGGGCGCUGGACGCGGGGCUGGCGUUCAUGGGGGUGCUGUUGUAUCUGUGUUUGGGGCUGGAGGAUGUUGGGAUAGAGUGGUGGGGGAAUAACCUCGACGGCUGCCCCUACGCCUCCUGCCCAACGGCUCCCGGGGUUAUGGUACAAGGUUGCCCUGUUGUGUCCUAGCUAUGCUUGGAUUACAAUUCAUCAGUUAUUUUGAACAACCAAUUAUGAACUGCAUGUGGCUGUUCUUGUUCAUAUUGCUUCAUUCGUUGAAUUGGUUGAAUUAGGGGGAUGUCACAUGAUGCUAUUUGAAUGAAAACAAUCUAGUACUGUUUCAUUUUCUUCA